CGUUUCCCGUAAUGCUUCUCGUUUCUGAAUUUACAUUACGUACUGUCAUGCGCAGAAGUUUUGACCUACACAGUCGCAGGAGAACAUGGCAGCUUUAGGACUCGGACUGCAGGUGCGUCAGUUCAGCACUUCAGUUCUUCGACAAGCUUUGAUUAGGCCCCCUAUCGACGUGUAUGGGGUCGGAGGCCGCUAUGCCACAGCCCUGUUCUCUGCUGCCAGCAAGCAGAAGAAACUAGAACAAGUAGAGAAGGAGAUGGGCACGUUGUCAUCUCUGAUCAAGGACCCCAAGCUGUCCAGUAUCGUGAUGAACCCCCAUGUCAAGCGCAGCCUCAAGCUGAAGUACUUUGGUGCCGCCAUGACUAAGGCAAAUCUCUCCCCAAUCACAGUUAACCUCAUCACUGUGUUGGCAGAUAAUGGCCGCCUGACCCUGACCGCAGAUGUCAUUGGUGCCUUUGCAAAAAUGAUGAGCGCUCACCGUGGCGAGGUCAUCUGCACUGUCACCACAGCACAUCCCCUUGAUGAGGCUAACCUGGCAGAUCUGAAGGUGGCUCUGAACGGCUUCCUGACAAAGGGAGAGACUCUCAUACUAGAGACCAAGUCUGACACCUCCAUCCUGGGCGGUAUGAUUGUCAGCAUUGGGGAUAAGUAUGUGGACAUGUCCACCAAGACAAAGAUCCACAAAUUGACCAAGAUCAUCAGAGAUAGUUAAGUCUGUCUCGUCCAGCGGGGCAUGGGGAUGUUUCUCUGCCUUCUGCAACCUAUACAGUGCUAUGUCCGCUAAGAUCCUGUCUAGUUGUUCAUAAUAAAAUAUUCUGUAACAUAUA